GCAGUCAGGACCUGGGAAAGCACUCCGUCCUCCUGGAACACCACCGGAAUCAUAAAAUAUCAUGGAUUAUUUUACACAAUAAAUCCAUUACAGAUACGUGGUUGAAAUACCCAGAAAUAGCCGUCCACAAAAAAUUAGUGUUAUAAAAAAGUGACUGAUCAGCUUCGAGGGGAAUGUAUUACACCUGUCUUACACGUAACGAUCUAAAAACUAACGGCAGUAGCGCACACAAAACGUUUACCUCGGAACAAUAAUCAAUAAUACACGUGAUCGGUUGCAACGUACGGCGGAGUAAUACGGGGACUUGGAUCGAAGUCGACGAGAGACGAGAAGUUAUGUCGGAGACCGCGUACAGAGCCAGCGGACAUGUGCUUUAUUUUUCUACGAUCCGCCGGCGCACGGAGACCACCGACGAUCGUCGUGCGUACGGUUACCCACGCGACACACCGCACUAGCGUCGUUGGUUACAAGGGGGUUCCCUGACAGCAACGGCCUAAACAAACAAUAAUCGACCACCACGGUUGCACUUCGCGAAUCGCGUUCGUCACACUCAAACGUGCGUCUAUUUAACGAGCAUAGAACAUAAAAUCGUUUUUCGCUUUCACGCAGUACCCGGCGACGGUAUGGCCGAAAAAGAUGCUGCCCGACAAAUUAUACGCGGCUACAUUGAUCGCGAAAUCUUUUUGGAAAAUCAACUAAAAGAGAUAUUAAGCAGACGCAAAACAAUGGCUGUGGAAGAAGGAGACUUUUUUAAAAUUCGUCGAGAACAGUUUGACAAACAAAGGAAAGUCGCAAAAAAAAGGAACGAAACGUUUUUAAAAGACCUCGAACACACGGCUGCGAAAUUGAGAGCGUCUUUAGCUUGUGACGAUCUUACAGAUAAAAAAUUGGACGCGGAACGCAAAAAAUUUAUGGAUUAUAUCAGACAGAUACCAACACGAGAACAAUCCUCAUAGCGUCAAUAGACAAUAAUUUUUUAUUCGAAGACCAACUGUGAUAAUAUAUAAUCUGAUGUAUGAAUAGGUUUUUUUGUUUUUUUAUUAAUAAUAUUAUAUACAUGAUACUCGAUAAAAAACCAGCUAUAUGGUAUUUUAGAUAUUUAAGUUCGAAUAUUAUAAGACGACAUAAUACGUACAAUAAAUUACGAAUAUGAACAUAUUUUAUUGAUAUACAAUUAUAAAUGUUUAACUGCUUUGGACUGAUUUCUACAUUUUUAAAUGUAAUUUUAAUAUUUAUUCACUUUUUAGACUUGUUUUGUAGCUGCAAUGAAUCACAAUAAUAAUACUUCUUUAUAACAGUACGGUCAUCAAUAACUCGUUAUUCGAUUAAGAAACUAUACGUCUAGACACAAAUCAAUUCUAUCCACCCUCUUUUUAUUAUAUAUAUGCAGCCAUUACUAUCUGCUUUAAACUAAACUAUACCACCCCAUUAUUGCAGUAAUUUUAAAAAAACAAAUGUCCUCGGUCUAUCAAGUUUUAAAGUUCCAUACAAAGCUACAGUCCUUUAAAAACAAAAAUAUAAUACAUAUUUCGUAUAUAAAAUACAAUAUCCAAUUUUAUAUUUGUAUACAUGUUCUCUCCGUUCAAUUUCCCUAGAUUUUUCUUAACUUAAUGGGGUCGGUCACCCUUAUCCUUAGCGUAAACUAUAUAAAGCUCGGAAUGAACUAUAGAAAACGAAAAAAUAUUAUUAUAUAUAUUAUUACUUUAAAUAUAUUACUUUGUUUACGAUGUAGUAUACUUUCAAAUUGUAAGUUAAGAGAUUUUGAGUUGACAAUAAUAAAUUUGUAGAUAUUAUAAAAGCGUCUAUUAAUUCCGGCCCAAUAUAAUUAUACUGCCUACUCUUAUUAUCUGUACUAAAAUUCCAGGGAUUCAUGAGAAUGUCAAAUAAGA